GAAAAAACAAUGUUGAAAUGAAAAUUACGGAAAAAAAUUAAAACAAUUCUAGCUCCUAAACUACAAAAAAUCGCUGAACAUACAUGGGGGUGAUUCGGAUACACCAUGGCAUAGAGCUUCUAAAUUUUUCUUUUGGACGCCUAUGGAUGGGCCACCCUGUAUACAAGCAGACGUGAUUUACAAUAGAAAACAGGCAUCGCGACUCGAAAGAUUUUGGUACCUACAUCUCUUCGAUUAGCAAAAUUUACCUCUAGACCCUUUUCUAUUCCUUUUCUCUCAUCUCUUUUCUUCUUCUUUAAACUUACGGCAAGGUAAAUAAUGAUGAAAUAACGUUCUGUCGUGCCUAGAUAUAACUACCUAUCUCAGACAACUUUUAUUUCUUUGUUGGAACAAAAACGAAGUGUCGAAACAUUUUUGCUAAUCUAAACAAAUCUAAUAGGAAAGCUUCUUUUUUUAAUUUUUAAUUUAAGAGUCGAACAUUAAAAUGAACAUGGCUCAGAAAUACAUUCUGCUUAUAACUACAGCGUUCUCCAUAGUGACAAUCGUUCAUAUCUUCUGUGACAAGAAUCACAGUGGAGAAAGAAAAGGUAGAUACUAUUUCCCACGAUGGAAGAAAGCUGUGCCUAACAUAACAUGUCAUAAUUCACAUAAAUCUCUAAAUAACGAUGCCUUACCAUCAGUAGAAGACAAAAGUUUCAAUCCGAAAAACAAAUCAAUAUUCUUCCACGAGACGUCGUGCCGCGGCGGCGUGGACUCGCGGCAGGCGUGUGCCGUGGAGUCCGCCGCCAGAGCCAACCCUGACUGGGAAGUGUACUUGCUGUUCAACGCGCCCGUCUCUGACGCGAUGCUCAAGAAGAGCUGCCUCGUCAAGCUGCUGCAGUACAGCAACGUCAGGCUGGCCAGGAUACACGCGGACAGCUUCUCUAAGGGGUCCGCCGUGCAGCAGAUAGUGAGGAGUAAGCUGCUUCACAGUCGGUACCCUGUCGAGCACAGCGCUGACAUCAUGAGGAUGCUCACGCUGCACCGGUGGGGAGGACUCUCCUUAGAUCUUGAUAUGUUGGUAGCAAAGUCAUUCAAUAGCCUACCAGAAAACUGGAUUGUGAAAGAAACUAUCAAGGAGCUAUCGACAGGAGCUAUGGCGUUUUCAAGAGAAGGAAUCGGACACAAUUUCACUGGCGAAGUACUUAAAGAAAUGUCUAAGAAAUAUGACAAUAAGAGUUGGUCUGGCAAUAGUCCCUUAAUAAUACAGAACGUGCUGCGUCGAUACUGUAACAGAACCGUGGAUAAAUACGGCUUUUGCAAUGGCGUCAACAUCUUCAGGCAUGACAUGUUUUACCCGAUUCAUUACGCAUCAACCGCCUUAUACUUUGAAGCGAAGCCACUCAACUUAACUUAUGAACCAUACACGUAUCAUUUAUGGAAUGCACUGACGGAGAUCUACGAUGUUCAUCCGAAUUCGACUUACGCGCGAUUGGCAAGAAAAUAUUGCCCAAAGAUUUAUAGAAUGUAUGCUACAUCAUUCGGGGUUUAGAAGCAGAAGAUAGGAAGCGAUGAAUUUCUGAUCACCUUGAUUUGAUAUAAAAUUAAAUAUUUUUUGCCGAAGAUCGGACAGGAACGUUUUUUUUUUGGGUUAAAAUAUUUCUUUUUCGGUUCAGAUUUAAUUUUCGUGACUCACCUUCCGAGGUGUUGUGUGUUUACUUAAUUGAGAUGUUUACAUAAUAGUCAAAUCCUUUGUUUACUUUGUUACUGCUCGCUAGAGCGAGAGGACCAGAAGGAUGUGUCACAUACCUACAGGUGGAAUCUCGCCUUUAUACAUUCAAGUUGAUUCAACGUUAUUUGUUUCGGUGGACACGAAAAACUGUCUGCGCUUGGUGGUCUGAGCAUUCUAAAGUGAUUAUUUUAUUCCGAUAAAUAAAUCGUUGCAACAUGAAGAAUUUUAUUAAAAAAGAAUAAGUGAAGCCCUAAACUAACUAAAUAAAAAUGUCGAAAAUAAUACGAUUGAACACAGUGUUGUUCUUGAUCUUAUUAGUUUUAUGGCUGAUUGGAUGUGUUAUAAUGAUGUUGAUAAUAAACAAUAUUGGCUUACAAAUAGAGCAGGGAGAUGUAAUUGACAAGACACCAACUAUGCACUUUGGCUAGACUAGAUAAGGCCAGAUACAAUAAGUGAAACGAUCCAGAAUUCCAGGCAAUAUGUUCUUCAAAUAUGUGAAAUGUGUUUAUGUGUAUGGGAGAUGUCUCUUUGGAAGAUAAUUAUUUUAUAAUGUUUAAUUUCUUUGUAAUACAUAUGCAUAUGUUAAAGA